AUGGCGCUCAUCCAGACCAGCCUCAUCUGGGUCGCCUACGCCGUCGCCAUUGGCAUCCUGCUUGCCAUAGCCUCCGUCUUCGUCUUCGUCUACCAGACGCCCCGUGAACGCGCCGCCUCGGCCACCAUCGUGUGCAUCUUCACUACCCUUGCCCUGCUUGCGACUGUCCUGCUUAUUCCCGUCGAUGUUGCUCUCGUCUCGUCGACCAGCCGCUCCAGCCUCGGCCGCAAGAAGGACUGGGCCACCCCAGAGAAGGUGCACGACAUCACCCACACCCUGCAGAUCGUCUACUACCUGCUGUACUCGCUCGACGCCCUUCUCUGCCUGCUGGUCGUGCCCUUUACCUACUUUUACAACGAAGAAUACGACGACGAUGCUGCCGAGCACGGCGAGCAGACCGUAGGACAGCGCAUCUUGGGCGCGCUCAAGUACACAAUCGCAUUCCUCCUCUUUAUCGUCAUCAUCUUCCUCGUCGGCUUCUUCGUUCCCUUCGCCAAGCAGGCAAAGGGCGACAAGGGCCUGGACCUUGACUUCUUCAAGCAUCUGUUGGCCGAGAACCAUGGCGAGCGUGCUCUGUCAUUCGCUCUCGGACUCCUCAUGACCAUUGGAACCAUUCUCUUCGUUCUGUACACGGGCGCUGGCAUGGCUCUUCUCCCAGUCGCCAUGAUCAAGUCUGCGCCCUCCAUCUCUGCACCCACACUCGCCGCCAACACAGCAUCACAGCUCGAGGCCAACCGCGAGCGUCAGAGGCAACUCGAAGGCCGUGCUGAGGGCCGCCAGAACGGACUCGAUGCUCGGGAUAGGCGUGAGCUGGAAGCCCUCAACCGCGAAGAGCGCACACUCAUCCGCCGCGAGCGUCUUGCUGCCGAGUCUAGCGGAGAAGACCGACACUGGAUCGUCAAGACCUGGAUUAAGAUUGAGGCCAUUUUCCGCCCUCUGAAGCUAGUCGGCGGUCUAGUCCUCAUGCUUUUCGCCCUCUUCAUCUUCGCCAGCAUGCUCAUCACCGGCAUCGACAAGGCCAAGAACUCCAUCUGUGGAGCGCACUGCGGUUACAUCCUCGGCCAUAUCAACAUCUUCCAGCCCCUGAACUGGAUUCUCGUCAAGUCCUCCAAGGUCUUCCCUAUUGACUACGUCCUCUUCUUGCUCCUGGUCCUGUUUCUUUUCUCCGCUUCGGUCGUUGGCAUCGCCACUGCAGGCAUCCGUUUCCUCUGGCUCACCAUCUUCAAGAUUCGCAAGGGCCACACCUCCCCGCAGGCCCUUCUCAUGGCCACUGUGCUCCUCACCCUUAUCGUCCUGGCCAUCAACUACUCCGUCGCCAUGGUUGUUGCGCCCCAGUAUGCCACGUUUGGCCCGCAGACGUACUGCGACCUCCCUGUCAACCACCUUGGUGAUCAGCCCGACUGCUCCGAGCACAAGGAGGCUGUCAAAGCCUGCUCUGAACUCGCAGACAAUCCCGUCGCAAAGGAUGUAUGCACGCCUUCCGUGCUCAGCACCUUCAUCAACCGCGUCACUAUCAACUUUCCGUUCUUCGGCGUUGUGCUCUUCUGGGCUCAAUUCGCCUUCUUGGGCGUGUAUCUGAUCGUGUUCCUGACCACACUCUUCAAAGUGCCCCAGCUGGACCAGGACCAGCUCGACCGUGAUCUUGAAGAGGACGAAGAGGAGGGUCUGCUUGCUAGCACGGGACGCAGGUUCGGUGCAACGUGGCAAGACAUUACCGGCCGCUCCAAGAACACUUACGGCGCCACUGAGUCGAGGAACGGCGGCCGCAGCGGCGAAGGCGAAGGGUUGUUGUAA